CCAAUAGAAGAUCCUUGAUUGGUCCGGUCAGAACCGGGUCGCGAACCUUAUCGACCGAUGUCAUCAGACCGUCCGGGUUGUAAAAGCUGCUUUCAAAGCAAUUACCUACCUCCUACCUACCUACCUAGGUACAAUCCACCUUCUUCGACUCAUCCGUACCUAAUAAUUUAAUGCCGGGCUGCAUGCAAUAAAAUUCGUAUUUUAUUUUCCAUUAAACGACCUCUGCGUUCUAUUCUUUAUACAUAACACCACUGUCAUCUGCGCCGCAAUGAAUUCCCCUCGCAUAGCGUUAUCGCGAAGUUGGACAGCCUUGUCCGGCCGGCUCAUUGCCACCUCGGCCCCGAAGUCACUCCCUUGCGAAAGCCUCCUGCGGCAGUUCUCGAAUUAUCAGCCGUGGUACGCGCCGUCAGAAAAACUGCACGAAAAGCCAUCAUACCAGCCCUACCCUCUAAACCCAAACCCAAGCAGAUCGCCACAACCGCGCAACGAACCCGUACCAGAAACCUCCAUCGCCAACCCUAUACCGAACAUCCACGAGACACGACCACCGUCUCAACCAGAAGCAGUGGCAAACCCGGAUGUAGCCAUCACCGAACAAGAGGCGCAAACCCCCAAACCAGCCCCGCCGAAGCGCAAAUUCAGACCCCGCAAAGCCGCGUUGAAGCUCACCCCUUCUGCAGUAGAGCAUCUUCGCAGCCUGCUAGACCAACCGGAGCCGAAGCUGAUCAAGGUUGGGGUGCGCAAUAGGGGAUGCAGCGGCCUAGCCUAUCACCUGGACUACGUGGACAAGCCCGGAUCUUUCGACGAGGAGGUCGAACAGGAUGGAGUGAAGGUUUUGAUCGAUAGCAAGGCGCUAUUCAGCAUAAUAGGGAGCGAGAUGGACUGGGUCGAAGACAAGCUGAGCCAGCGGUUCAUAUUCCGGAACCCAAAUAUAAAGGAGGAAUGCGGCUGCGGAGAGUCAUUCAUGGUGUAGUAGCGCGAACAGGGAGCGAUAACGAGUUCGGAUACCAUUUAUCUGCAUUGGGCGGCGUUAUC